ACUUUAAAAAAUGUCAAUCGGAUGAUUUUCAUCGUCACAUUUUACUCACAAGGCUGAAGUGAUUGCAACACAACAUUAGUCAGUCGCUAUCGUUCUACAUGAGAGAAUAAAAGAUGGCAAACCAUACAUGCUUUUAUACAUUGAUUAUCGUUUUUCUUUGUUAUGCGAGAGCAAGUGCUGAUGAUACUAUAACAGAUGAAAAUGAACGCCUGACGAAUCAUUUGUUAAUUCAACAGAACGACAUUUCUCAAUAUUUACGUACAGCUUAUCGUUCCUUUUUACUCAAUCGCAUCAACAAGACGGCAUUUAAUGAAACAAAGUUGUCAAUAAGUCCAAAAUGUUGGAAGGAUUUUUUUGACAAUUUUAUACAAUAUAUGGAUGCAGUGGGUAAAUUGAGAAGUGGUAUUUUACGUGGAAACUUUGUAUGGCUUGGCUCUUACAGUGAAUGUCAGGCGUUGCCGUCUGCAAGAUAUUGCCUCUCAAAGAUAGAUAUUCACAUUUCUAUGGAAGAAAUAUCGUUCGGCUUGGGAACUUGUUUACCCGACGCCUGUUCUGUCAAGGAUACCAACAAUAUUUUCCGUGCUGUCUUUUACGAAGCAAGAAAAUACACUGGAGAUAGGAUUAACAUUGAAUCGUCCAUGUGUCACGAAAGACCAACCUAUUCAACUGGUUCGAAAGUGACAAUUGUAUUUCUUGGUGUUCUUUUACUGUCUUGCUUGCUGGGAACAUUUAUUGAGCUCGUCAUGGAAGAGUUGAAAAGCCGUAAAACGAUGGAAUUAUCGUGCUUGAGCAGCGACCGUGUUUCUCUUGACCAUUAUAAAAUCGGGGAAAAUUUUGGAUCCAAAGAUCAAAAACUUAACGAAGAUGAUGUUCAAAACGUUUCAAUGAAUGGUGAAAGUCCUUUGCUGUCUCCUACAACGUUUUAUACACCACCAAUUCAUCAUAUCAUCAAUAUUAUUCUUGCAUUUUUACGCGAUUUUUUGCUGUGCUUCUCGUUGAUAAGAAAUACAGAAAAGAUCUUUAACACAAAUGUACCUCCGAUUGCAAUAAAAUGUAUCAAUGGCAUUCGCGUAAUCAGUAUUACAUGGGUGAUUUUGGGUCAUGUUACUCAGAUAAUGUCUUUAAAUCCAUUGAUAGACAAUAGAGUAGGUCUGUUAGAAGACGCUAAACGGCUGAGUUUCAUGCCAAUUAUUCAUGGGUUUUACUCUGUGGAUAGUUUUUUCUUUCUAAGUGGAUUGCUUGUAGCAUACACGUGUUUUCGAAAGCUGCAAAAAAGUGGUGGAAUUACCAAAUUUAACUGGUUUUUAUUUUAUUUUCAUCGAUUUUGGAGACUAACUCCAACGUUGAUGGCGGUCAUACUCAUCUCGAUACAGUUAAAAAGAUUCCUGGCCGAGGGACCGCUGUGGUAUACACAGUAUGAAGAUAAAUUAUGCAAGGAAUAUUGGUGGACAAAUUUACUGUACAUUAAUAAUUUUUAUCCAACAAAGAUUGAAGAUGAGUGUGUUGCAGUAACGUGGUAUCUGGCAAAUGACAUGCAGUUUUUCAUAAUAACUCCUCCUUUGUUGAUAUUAAUGUACAAGUUUGGAUGGCUAGGUAUCAUUGGUCCUGGUGGUUUAAUGGCUCUAUCUACUGCUGCUAUUGCUUUUGUUAUUGGAUAUUAUGAUUUGGAUCCCGUAAUGUCUUUAAGAAUUGGUGAAGCUGCGCAUAUGUCACCUGAAAUGAAAAAAAAGUCUGAAGAAUUUAACUCCUACGUAUACAUUAAACCUUGGUGUCGAGCUCAACCUUAUCUCGUUGGUUUUGUUCUUGGUUACGUCUUGUACAAAUCAUGUCACCGUUAUUAUAACAAACAGCGAAAUCCUCGUCUGUUUUGGUUGAUCACUCUUCUUGGUUGGGCAAUUGCUUUUACUGUUGGUAUGCUAUUGGUUUACGGUCCUCACAAGUCUAUUGUGAUUGGUUCUAAAGAAUGGCCAUUGGCUGGAAGAGUUGCAUUUGGGAUGUUUGAAAGAUUGUUGUGGGCUCUCGCUCUUGCCUGGGUUACAUAUUCUUGUCAUUAUAACAGUGGAUGUCUUGUUGGUAGAUUCUUGUCUGCAAAAUUCUGGAUUCCUCUGAGUCGUUUGACGUUUAACGUUUACUUGCUUCAUAUUUUUGUUCUCUUGGUAAUGUUCAUUGGCGCACAAGGACAAAUUCAUUACGAUUUCUUUAAUGUUUCAUACUACUUCAUAUCAGCGAUUGUCCUUUCCUAUGCUGCAGCUUAUGCACUGGCUGUCACUGUCGAGUUACCAUGUAAUAACAUAGAAGAUCUUAUAAUCAGGAAAAUCAGAGCUGCAUACACCAACGGAUUGCUGGCUGACGAACACAUAGCAAGUGUGUUGACCCAUUGUAAAAUAUCCAAUAUAACUUUCCGAUUUUUUACAUGGAAAUGAUAAACGAAAGGCAUUAUUAAAAGAGGGAACCAUCCAAUUACGAACACGACAAAUAUUAUUCCGAUUGUAACAAGGACACUGCGAUUUAAUGUUAGUGAAACGCGUAAACGAUCUCUCCGAGUGUGAUGUUCUUCGUCUUCCGGGACAAGGCUUGACGUCCGAAACGAUUUUGCAAUAUCUCUCCUGUGUUUAGCCGCUAUGAGGAUAAUCCGACUAUAUAAAGGCAAACUGAGGACAAUUACUAAGAUCAUGACAUAAAUCAACGCAAUAUAUCUUAAUUUUUUCUCGAACACGGCUCCGAUGCCCAAAGCAAUAGCAAUUGUCCAAAGAAAUGUCACAAGUGCAAAUGCUGGUAUCGUGUUUUCAUUAUUGUACUUUAAAGGCUUUGCUACUGAGUAAUAUCGAUCUAAUGUAACGCCAAGAACAUUACCAGCAGAUGCAAGCAUAGACGUCCAUGCGAAACAUUUUCGAAUUGUCUCAAACGAAUUCUCAACAUUUUCUUCUUGAUAAUGUUUCAAUAAGCUUACGACAAACAUGGGCUGAGCCAACAAGCAUACCAGUAAAGCAGAACAGACCAUACUUAGGAUGAAUACAUUCAGUGUCUGACUUCGUUUCGUUGAACGUAGAAUAGCAAAGCAAAUAAGCAUAUUUCCCAAUGAUCCUGUCAUGCUAAAGAGAAGAUUGCUCGCACAAAGGAUGCCAAUUUCUAUGUCUGUUAAAUCAAACGUCUUUGAAGAUUGAUUUUCCGUCGUCUUGUUCAUUAGAUAUGGAAGAUCUGGACCAUUUAUAACAUUUUUAUCACAAAACUUUACGCAGUUACUGCCAUAAGCUGGAAAUUUCUUGAAAGUACCUCGUCAAAUGGUUUUCCAAAAUAUAACUUUCGACGCAUAUGUUCUUAAUAUUUCGUUUCGAAGGAAUCUUUGAUUUUGUCACUCGUUCUUUACAAAUCAAUGUUAUAUAUUUUAUUAUAACGUAAUAGUUUGUCAUUGACUAUCUUACACUUCUAUGAAAUGAAUAUCGCAGCUGCUUUUAUAAACUUUUGCUCCAAUAUUCGUAGUUUAAUUAGCAAUUCUUGCAAAGGCAUACACACACACAAAUACGCGCAGACAUCAAUGAGAUCUUAUCUUUGAAGAGACAUAAGAAACGUCAAAAAACGAAUGCUUAACUUCAUGAUAAACAACGUUCAAAGAAACUCGACCUUGGCAAAGUUUUCCAUCAUAUGUGAGAUGAACUAUUUUUUUAGCGUCCAAAGGUGUCGUUACCAUGACUAUUCUGAACAUGUCAUUGCCAAUUUUUUUAUUAGACUUGAAUAUUGAUAAGUGUCAAAUUUAUUACAAUGAAUAGCGUGAUUCCAGACAAUUCUUUCAAUCAAAAUUUCUAUAAUAAGCAAUCAUACGCUUGUAUUAAUAAUGAAUAACCUUAAUCAUAGGAAGCUAUCAUUAGAGGCUUAGAAAUUCAAUUAGAAUUGAACACAACGAAAUGGAUAGUCACAUUGGAUCAAGCAAGCAUUGAAUAAUGGCACUGCAUUGUUUUGGUCGGAUAGCCGAAAUUUUUUACUUGCUUAAAAAGAAGCAAAGUUCAAAGUCCUAGAAACAGCUUUGGUGAAGAGAGAUAAGGCAUAAAUAGCCGGCUUCUUAAAGUGAUUUGUUUGCCACGCUUUCCCUUUUGCACAUCUGUCUACUUUGUCAAAGAGAUACCUGCUAGCAUCAUAUUAGAGCAGUCAAAUUUUUCUCAGUCAAGAUGAAACUCCUAUGAUUUUCUGAUUGUGCGAAUUAUUUUCACCGUUCAAAAGUAACAUUAAAAUUUCACACGAUCAUGUAGAAAAAGGACAUUGAUUUGAGUGACAAAAGUUCAACAAGGUGUUAGAGGAGAGGCUCAAAUACAUCUCCCAUCAUUCCCACAAUUCAAUUCUGCUACGUGACGUAAUGACGUACCGGAUGGUUAAAGUAUUUGUGGAGUUGACUUAUACAUGGUCUGAAACUGUGACUUGCAUUUAUCAACAUGCAGUCCUUCAAAAUUUUUACAGGAAUCGACAGAUGUUGCCCAUAUAUAUUUACUGUUUAUUUAUCGUCAUUAAAUGUCAUCACUGUAUUAUUUUACAGUAUAUUUUUGUUAUGCACUGGUUAAUGUCAUUCAUAUAUACUCUAAACUACGCAUUAUUUAAUACUAAUAAUGAUGUGUCCUUCACGUAAUAGUUUACAAUAAGCAGUACCUCAUCUUUAAGCAGCUUUUAGUCUUUGUACAACGUUUUAGUUAUAUUGUUUAUAUACACUGUGUCUGCGGUCCUGUAUCUGAGGAAAUAGAUCGUCUAGCUUUCCAUUUGUUGUAAGUUGUAUUCAAAGCUUUACGAAAUCUUCUGUCUCUCCAUGAGUAGACAGGGGGAUUACAUGCGGACGAACAAAGUGCCAAGGUAUUUGCCCAUUGAAACGCUCGUAACAUCUCUUUACCAUUAAAACCUGCUCGAUAGAAAAAUGGCAAAAUGAGAUUUGGAAACCAGGAAACCACAAGAAUUGUACCAAUUAUGCCAACUGUUUUCAAGCUGUUCGUUUCUACUUUGUGUUUCACUUCUGUUUCUCGAAAAUCGGUUCUUUUAUCUCUGCUGGUCAUUUGGAAAUGGGAGAAAGAAACGCGUAUAAUGCGAGCAUGCCUUCGAGCGACGAGUAAAAUUCGACAAUACAAUGGAAUAAUAACGACAAUGAUUAAGAAUAAUACGUAAACUUGUCCAAUGAAUUUGGCAAACUUGAAUUUAGCUGUUAGAAUGCCCAAAACGAAAGCAAUCGUCCAUAUUGCUGUCAGUAUCAUGAAAACCAUGUUUUUUUGACUUCUCGCUGUAUAACGUAAUGGAUGGAAGAUGACAAAAUAUCGAUCAAGCGUUACGCCAAGAAGAUUUCCAAUGGAGGCCAACAGUGAAAUCCAUGUUAGUGUUUUUCUGAUCACUUCCAUCACCAUAGAGUUGACUUGGAAUUUACAAUGCAACACUAGUUUCACAAUGAACAUUGGCUGUGCGAUAAAAGAAACAAUUAGAUCAGAACAAGCUAAACUGAAGAUGUAUGCACCAGUUGUAUUUCGAAGAUUCCUGCACAUUAAGAAUGCCAAGCAAACACCAACAUUGCCGAUUGUUCCACAAAGGCUAAACACAGAAUUUAUUGUUAUCACAACACCGAGUUCGACAUCCGACGGAGAAAAAGACACAUUCGAACUUGCUGGCAUUCUCGUUAAAGGAAGAGAUGUCUUGAAUCUUUUAGAGAUGUGAUUAAAUCCAGAAUAUAAGUAGAUGUUUUGUGAACGUCAUUUCUCUGAUGAAAUCAACUUCUUGGUUACAGCGUCAGUGUAGAUCAGUGUGAUUGUAUAAACUCUGCACUUUGCAUAAUCAUGGUUAGCUUAAAUCAAUUAUAGUAAUUCUCUCUACAAAUUCCUGUCAUCAUCAAUAAAUGUAUGCUCCACUAUUGAGGAGUGUGUUGACAUAGUCUGUCUGGUUGAAUCAAUAAAUGACAGUUUUGCUUUCGCAUUGUUUAUGAAUGUUGCGUAUGUUAGGUAAGGAAGGAUUGGACAUAAUUCCUUCCUGCUGCGCUAUAAUGAACGCACAACAGACGGCCGAAACAGUUUUAGAAAAAUUUACGUCAAUUGCGCGUGAUUGCAUAGCUAAUGCAAUUACAAAUACGUUAAUCAAUAAUAUUGUGCAUGGAUUAACGUAAAAUAUUUCAUAAGUAAUGAAUAUGUUGCAAUGUCAUGCUAUGCAACUGAAAGACGCCAAAGUUCUGUUCUUUACGCAGAGAAUGUGCAUUGAAUAAGUUGUACUUUAGUCCAGUCGUGACGUGCUGCACGCACAACGAAGCAGAUUGAGAUUACUGAAAUUCCACUUUUAAAUUAGCCACGAGUUAAUGGGAAGCUGUUUUGUAACCUCGUGCCAGAUAUAUUAUACCUUAAUGCAAGAUGGGAGGAAUUUAUCGGCUUAUCGUUCUGAUCACCACCAGGUGUGCCAAAAAAACGCACAUUAAAAGAUUGCGAAAACCAUAUGUGCACAAAAAAAAACCCGUAAAAACAUUAUUUAGCUAUCAACAAAUCCUUUUCUAGCAUGAAGUUUUCAUUUACAUUUUGUAAUUAAAAAUAGAUAAAAAUACGCAUAUUAACAUGUAAAAAAUGUAAUUUAAAUAUCGUCUCUUUCCCAUAAAUCCCUUCUCUGUUUUUCCUUGUUUAUCUUUUUAUCUGAAACAACGAAUACUUUUUGUCAUCAAGUGCGAAUAACAUUUCAUUGCUUUUGGAGUUAAACAAACAACCGACAUUAACCUCGUUCGAAUUUUAUUUUCUCUCUUUCAAGAUGUCUUUCUUCUUUUGUCAUUUUUGUCUUCAUGCCAAGUGCCCCCGUUACCAAACGGUUCGCGACCAAAUUCGUCGUCUUUGGUCUUUCUUUAUAAGGACGAAGAAACUCUACAAAAUAAAAAUCACCAUUAUUACAACUUAGACGGGAAUUAACACGAUCACAUCGUUAAAGUAUUGCUUUGCAACCUGUGUUUCUCCUAGCUUUGCGUUUUGAUUGUUCAGUUCCAUGGUGUAAGGGACGAAGUUUCAGCAAAGGAUUUACAAAUUGAUUCAACGCUUGCAAUGCUAUAAAAACGUCAUUACGUAAUCAAUUGUUUACAAAACAUAACUUGGCUUCAGAAACUCUUCCACUUUCAGACAGUAUCUUACCUAGCUACAUAAUUAAACUCUCACCUGUCGCGGAACUUGAAAACACCGCCAACGCAUGUGUAUCGUCCACCCAUUUUAUGGAAACCUCUUGCUUCCUGAAAACAGGGAAACGCACACGGACAGAGAAAUUGCACGAAUUAUGUUAAAAAGUUAAACGUCGAAUGUGUUGUAGACGUACUGUAAAUUUGACAAAGCAUUCAUGAGAUGGUGCGUCUCCAAUUCUGGAGAAAAGUCGUAGAUUUCCAACACGUGAUCAAAGACUAAAAAUGCACAAACAAGUCAUUGUUUAUUAUUGGAGUUUGGCAACGUUAACAUUAAACACAUGUAGAAACUCACCGUCUUCUUCAAGAAUGACGUCAUUCGGUUUAAACGACAGGUAAUCAAACUGCGUGGGGAUUAUCUCGACAUCAGUUGUGUCAAUUUGUUUGUUGAGCUGGAAAACAUUGAACAAUCUUGAGAUAUUUUACAUUAAGUCAAUGUAACGUUGCUGCAACACACAACAAAGAUCGGAAGUGUAUAUUUAUACCUCCGCAAGCAUUUCUUUAUCUAAACAUUCUCCAUCUUCAUUCCAUACUCUGUCCCAGUCUUCCUCAUCUGAUCCGUCCUUGUCAUUAACGUCAUCAUCCCUAGUGUUAUCCAGACUUUCUUUCGUCCUAUCAUACGAAGGUAAUUCAUUUUUCCUUUCGUUUAAUGCUUCAUCGUCUACAUUUGAAACAUCGUUACUGAUUGUUGCAUAUUUCUCUUCUUUCUUCAAUUUUGACUGUUUCUUCUUCAAUUUUCCUUGUUUUUUCUUCAAUUUGCCUUCUUUCUUUUGUUGACGUUUUGUUUUAGCCGUCGAGCGACAUUCAUUGACCAGUAAUUUAUAGUCAUCAUCAUCAUCAUGAAUGUUUUCAUUUUUCUGUGGAAUCAACUCAUUUUCAGAUACGUCCAAUUGAGAUGCCUUAUCACAUGUUUCUAAACUUUCAUCUUUAUCAAUGGAGCAUUUCAUUUCAUCAAAAUUUUUAUCAACAUUAACAUUGUUUUUAUGAACAUCAAAACCAUUUUUUUGUUCAUCUUUACUUUCAUUAUCAGUCUUGUUGUCUAUGGUAGCCUCAAUAUUUCUUUCUUCCUCAAUCUUUCUUUCUUCCUCAAUUUCGUUGCUUGCAUUAGUUCUGAGUCUUUCAUCGCUUGCCUCCAGGACAUCUCCUUCAACUUUUGAGAUGUUUGCUAAUGUAUCUUUAUCUAAUUUGAUUUUGUCAUUCUUAACUGGACCUAAUGUUUUAUUUUUUUCCUCAAUUAUUUCAAAUGAUUUAAUAUCAUCAUCAACAGCAUGUUCUGUUUUCUGGUCUAUACCCGCAUGUUUUGUUUUCUUGCCUAGGACAUCAUCACCAAUAUGUUCUGUUGUUUUGUCUGCUCUAGAAAUCCCAUCACCAAAAGCUGACUUCGAACUGCUAUCUUUUACAUUUUUUCUUUGUUUCCUAAAAGCACCAGGGGUAUAAAGUGCUUGAGUUGGCCUUUGAUUUGAAGGAGAGCUUCCACUUUCACCUUCCUCUUUUUCCCCUCUCCCCCCACUUUGGAGUAGAAAUUGUCGACAAUCUUGUUGUGUUCCUUCAGAACUAUUCAUGGAUGCUGGACUUUGCCUGCAAAAGAUUUUUUCUUGGAAUUAAAAUCGCGGAUGUAAAGUAUGUAGAAAAUUUAAAAUAGUAAGUGUAGAGAUGUUGAUUAUCCUUUCCUUUUUAACAAAAACCCGAUUUUAAAUUAUCGUAGAUAAAAUUAAUGAGGAAAUUUUGUUCAUUCCAUUUUCCCCUUUCUACAGUUUCUAAGUAAACAAAUUAAGCUUCUUACUUUGCUCUAAAGUAAACUACGGGUCGUCGCCAUGGGUCUGAACCAAUCGAAUAACUUUCAAAAGCAGAAAAUUUAUCGACGAUUUUAUGUAUUAGAAAUCUAUAUCUUGCUGAUAAACUUGGAAAAAGAAGCACUGCAUUAGACGAUCUUUGCUUUCCAAAGUAGCUCAACUCUUUUUCAAUGAACUCUACAAAUCUCUCUUCAUUUAUGUCGUGCAAAUAAAUUCCAAGUGAGGUGAUCAUUUAUAAAUAAAUAGUCGCGAUAGACGAUCGAAACAUUGUUGUAUUUCUCGCUUAAAUAUCUCUGCUACUUAAGGAUACUCCGUCCAUUUAAUUUCUUAAGGUUUUCUAUUAGCAUUCAGCAUAAAAUAAUGUCAUUAAAUGAAGAUAUAUUUUUCAGAAGAAAGGUUCAAACUUCCUCACUACAAUUUGUUUACAACAGUGUCCUCUGACGCGAGCCUGCGCGUCUGCUUGUACUGGUCAGCCGUCUUAUCACGGUAAUUGUAAAUGCCAUACUUGGAACCUGUUCAUCUUAUACAUUUUUAAACCGUUUGAAUGAUUUCUAAAAAAUUCAGAUAGGUUGAUGAUCAUCGAAGGAACAUAUAAUCUUUUCGGAAUAAGUUUAGCAGUCGGAAUUUAGAAAUCAUUAGUCAAAAUAAAAUACAUGAUUUUUGCGAUAGCGUUGAUUACAACAACACCGAAUCUGUUUCUUCCUAUUAUGAAACGGGUUGUCUUUAUUGAUUUUCUUGUAUUCAUAAGUAUAAAUAUACCAUCUAGACUAGAAAAGGCUCUACAACCUUCCCGUUCUACUAAAAGUCAUCUUUGUUAGUUGCUAGAUAAAAAUUUCCAGCCAGUUUUUAUCUUCAGUCUCUGUUAAUCUUCAUCCUUAUCAGGUGGUCAUAUCGCAAUGCAGCUUAAUUUUGUAAAAAUAGGACCUUUGAUUGUAAGAAUUUGACAUUCUCUAAGGAAUUACUUUGAUUAUCAAUGGAAUUUGAUUUUCUCUGGUCGACAGUUAGGCGAGGUAAAAUUUCAGUUAUCUUGUGAUUGGUGUGAUUAGUGUGAGUUGUCGACAUCGUUCUGUCACCAAUGAAUGAACUUCUUACUCGCAUACUUCCAGGUCGUCGACGAGAGUCAUACAAUAAAUGUUUGAACGCUGCCUUGAAACUUGGAUUGAAUAAAGAAUAAAGGAGUGGGUUCAUAAAGGAAUUAGCAUAAUGUAAUAUCUUUGGAAAGUUUUGCAAUACUGGCCUCUCGUGCACGUAUAUUGCACAUUUGUGGCAGUAAACGAUUAUUAUUGAACCAACAGCAAAAGGCAGCCAGCAGAUAAUAUAAAUCGACGAUAGCAAGACCAAUGUGCGUAUUGUACGACACUCGAUGCGAGCUUGCUGUGGAGUAUCUAAUAAAGUUUUUUGUCUAAUCUUGCGUGCAAUUGCGGUGUAUGAAAAAAUCAUUAUGAAAAACGGCACGCAAAGCCCCAAGGUUGUAAUCAAUGUAAAUACCCAAGAAAUUUUGUCUUUAAGCAUAUACAACAGCGCGACACCUAGGGAAUAAAUCCAUGCGACAGUGCAAGCCAUUAUUGGAUAUUUUAUACCCAUUCUUUUGUGCCUAAAUGGAUAACAAACGCCAUACCAGCGUUCAAGACUUACACCAGCAAGAUUCGACAUGGAAGAAACACUGCAAGUUAUGUCGAUCAUGACCCAUGCGUCAUGAAAAGAAAUUGGUAGCUCCCUAAAGCCAUCUGACAAAAGAAAACCAAUCCACAAUGGUAUCAAAACUAACCCAACUAUCAAGUCACUGAUAGCCAAACUUAGGAGAAAACAGUUUGUUGUCGUACGGACUUUCUGGUACUUUAGAAACGCAAUGCAAACGAGGGAAUUUCCAAUCACAGUCAACGGUAUAAGACUACAUAUAACUACCACAAGACCAACAUUUGAGCCACUCGCUUGAUACGUAGUUGUGUUUUCUGACGAGUUGUCCAUGUUUGUCUUCAGCUCCUUCUUCAAAGUGGAGAAAUCAUGAAAUGAGUCAUUAAUACAUGAAGAUUUUUUCCUCAAUGUGGGUGUCACUGUUAUUUUUACAAUUCGUCUUCUUCCCUACAGCUGAAAAAAACAAUUAAACAGAUAAAUAUUGAAUAAAGAAACGAUGCCAUCUGUUCUAUUGAGCUGGAGAGUACUAAAUAUAUUUUGAUUUGAAAAUAAAAACAAUUCAGACUUUCGUAAAACAAGCACCGAUAUCUAGUUUCAAUUUACUAGCCCCUACAAACGUUCUGUCGACGAAGACUUUUGAUUUUUGUUGCAAAUUCGUUUAAUCUUUCCCAAAUCCAUUUCCUGUAAGUUUGCAAAGACUAACGAUGCAUUUAAAUUGAAGAAUAGGGACAGAUAGGGCUUAAUAUCUUGAACAGCCCAAUACAGACUGUUCUAGAAAUAAAUUACUUAUAGAUUUCAUCUUUGCUUGUUCGGACAGCAUUUGUUCAUUGCAUCAUCUGGCAAUGCUUUGGAUUUUAAUAAUUUUGAAAUUUAUGACAAUAUUUUUAUGCGAUUAUCAUUUUCAAUGAAAACUUUAGCAGAUAAUAAGUAAGUUCUGUAUACUUUAAAUAUGUUUACACUCGUACGUUAUUUAGUGUUGUUGGGCGGGCUUAGAUAAUGACGAAGCAUGUAUUGACUACGAGGCUUAUAUUAUACGUCUACAUGUAUCUAUACUAAGGCAGAUAACAUUAUGACCUUUUACCAAAACUGUAUGCUUGUAUCGUAAAAACAUGCAAAACAUUUAUGAAAUUGCAUGCUAUAUAAUAUAGAACUGAUUAAGCAUUUGUGAACACCACAAACUAGUAUUUAUUCUACAAAAUCGCAUAUACGUACCUAUACCAAAUAUGAGAAAUGUAAAUAAGGCUUCCGGAGUGUUCUUGGCAAUAAUCUAUUUCGAAAAUGAUGCAGACAUCGUUGACACAAAUUGCGUGACUUUUUUUCAAAGUGCAGAAUUUUGAAGAAGUGUAAUAUCGAUGCAGUAUGCUUGGAAAAGUGUUUUAGCGUCUAUGCGUUUACGUAAAGAUAAUCAUGGAAAGCCUUACGGGUACUGAUAUAAAUGCAAAUGCAAUUGGUUUAAAGAAAUCAAUUUUUCCUCGUGAUGUGAGGUAAAUUCUCAAGAUAUGUAUCUAUAAUUAGAGUCUGUUUAAAAAUUUCAUUGAGUUAUACAUCUGCCCCUUAAGUUGAGUUUUUUUGGCUGAAGAAAUUUGGUUGAAAAUACAUCAAUACAGUUUUCACACAUUUCGUAUAAGUAAUUAAUGAUGUUCCAUUAAGGCGUUACUUGAUUGUUAAAUUUCUUCCUUAAAAGUUGUGGCAUUUUUCUACAUUAUAAAUUAAUUAAAAUGAUGCCUUUGAAAGACUCUUCAUCCGAGUAAAAUCAAAGUCAUUGCCAAACUAGUUAUUCUUGUGGCUACCAAAUUUAGUAAUAUUUUUAAUAUUCUCCUCUUGACAUUUGAUGCCUGAGAAGUUGAGGAAAUUUUUUGAUCAUUGCAAUGAGGUAGGUACAAUCCAUGCCAUUUUAAUUAACAAAACGGGAGAAUAAGAAAUAAUCAACAGCAUUUUCUGACGUAUAUUCAAUCAUACCAUAGUAAUAUACUCUUUUAAUUCUGCGAUUCUGGUUGAUUCAAAACCAUCAAUCGACAGUGAAAUGUUCGAGGUGGCUGGCAGUGGCUAUUAGUAAAACAAACAUCGAAACGCUCUGGGUAAGGUUGAAUUUAAAGGAUUACAAAAUAUUAAUGUUAAAUCGUCUUAUAACUUAUAAAGGUCUUAUAGUGAUUUUUAUUUUGAAUUCUGCCAUCGUGAAUAGUGCAAUAAACAUGUAUUCAUGACAAAAUUGUGAGGUCAGUUUAUUUUGUCUGUUGAUCAAUCUGUACAAACCUGCCAAGGUCGCACAAUCCCCCCCACUAUGCUUGAGGGAAAAGAUUUUUCAAACUUCUGGUCUUUUAGGCCAAGAAAUCCUGUGUUAAUUUGACACUUUCCUUAAAAACGAAAGGAAUGGUCGGCAAAGAUAUUAUUGAGAGCAGAAAAAUGUCAUUAAUUAAAAAUGAUUUGGAAGAGGUAAUGGAUAACUCUGUGUAAUAAUGUGAUGUUAUCUUUCACAGUAUUCUGUCAAAUCUGUGUAUUUUACAUGCAAUGUUUGGAAAAGAUUCUUUAUGUAAAAGAUUUCCAUGCCACUGCAGAUGUAGCUACGUAAUGGUAAAAAUGAAGAUAUCUUUUUGUGAUACACGAUGAGAUAUAGCUGAAUAACUAUUUGACAAUAGAUGCGAACCGAAUGCCGGUUAAAAAGCGAUAAAACUAAGAAUAUAUGCGAUUAUUAAUGGUUUUAAUAAUAUAGUCAAAUAAAAGCAAAUGACACUAACCUUAAAUGUGCGCUAUUAGACGACAAUCCAAUUUGAAUGGACUAUUUUUAGUCAGCUGAUCUUUAAUUUUCUUUAUAUCUUGCGUUAUAUAUGCUGAUAAUAUCUCAUUUAUCUUCACAAUCAAAUGCCAGUAUAGCCAAUAAAAGACACGAAAGCACGCGGUAAUUUUAUACUUGCUUCACUGCAUUACUGGGAAUGCUUUUAAUACCAGCUUCUUAAGUUGUCAAAUGAGUGGGAGAGGGAGAACACGUGAGUUUUUGUUUACAUGUAGACAACAAAUCGCAACGCGCAUAUCGAAAUUAUUGAAUUCCAAGAUGUAAAGCUUUCAUUAACGGGAGAACACGGGAUAUUAAAUAUCUUGGUCCGUAAUGUAUGGUAGUGUUGGAAACAAACGAUAAAAUACUGUAAACUCUUAAACGUUUUAAUUGUACAUAUUUAACAUUCAAGUAGGAGUUAUUUUCGAUCUACUCAGCUCAAACUAACUUACCCUUAUUACCUGCAACAUUUUUUCAACUUUACAUGGGAUCAUUUGGACCGGGAUGAAAAUGUAUUUCAGCACGUUUUCUUCCUGCAUGACAAUGUCUUCAUUUCAUUUGUCUGCGCUUUUGACGAGAGUCAUUUUAUGUUUUACUUGAGCAUUCUACCUGCAUAAGGAAAUGAGCGAGUAUCAAAAACCGACUUUAGGACAUUAUUCGUAGUUAUCGACGAUUUUAAUUAAAUUUUUAGCAGUUUAUUUUAGAUGUUGAGAAAUUUGAUUCAGCUUUUAAGUACUUGUUCCCAGUUUCUAAAGAAGUAGAAAUAAUUGUAAAUGAUAAAGUCUGAUGAAAUGAUGAAGAAUAAUGGUCAAUGGCAAAGAUUUCGUGAAAGAUCGUUAAUAAUGAAAGGCCUGUGGAGGAGACAGAGGACUUGGAUCAAUAGAAGAGUCAAGAAAGCGAUUUAUUUUUGAAGCCAUCUUGGUGAAGAGCUCAAGUUUCGUCAUUGUUAUCAGAUGUAUGAACUUCGAAUUCUGAUGAUAGUAUUGUGCUUUCCACAUUAACGCUCGUCUAAUGGUCUAGACAAACGAUGCGAUAAGCAAAACUGAGCAUGACAGCUGAAAUUGUCGAACACAGACCUGACUUACUGACACCAAAGAUACUCAAGAUUGUUCAAUUUUCUCGUAUGGAAAGUGGCACUAGAAGCGUAUUUAAUUACUUGCAGUGAAGAGUUUUCACGAAGAAAUAGCAAAGAUACGUCGGCGGCCGAUGAACGAUUUGGAAUGUUGAAAAGGAAAAAAGGAUUAACCUCAUACGUCAAAAAAACAAACACACCCUGUUUGAGAUCAAAAGUUCAAAAUUUAACGAAGAAUGAACAGGAAAACAAUCUUGCCAACAUUUGCUUCAGAGAUACAUUGUACAACGUACAAUCAACUUUAAAAUUUCUGCGUCAACUCUGAAGGUAGUAAAACACUGAAAAUACAGGAUUUAUCUUUAGCAAAACAAUUUCUACAAUAAUUUCAACGAAAGUUUUCUCUCGUGGGUUACAAGUCGGCAAAGGCUCAAGACAUCUUUGGUUUCGUUACGAGUGAGGAACUGAGGUUACGAGGAAACCAUAGAAAUCAGAAAAACUUCACAACUUCUCUGGUUAAGUUGCGAGUUACGAACUGAGGUUAUGAGGAAACCAUAGAAAUCAGAAAAACUUCACAACUUCUCUGGUUAAGUUGCGAGUUACGAACUGAGGUUAUGAGGAAACCAUAGAAGUCAGCAAAACUUCACAAUUUCUCUGGUUAAGUUGCGAGUUACGAACUGAGGUUAUGAGGAAACCAUAGAAGUCAGCAAAACUUCACAAUUUCUCUGGUUAAGUUGCGAGUUACGAACUGAGGUUACGAGCUCAGAUUUAUUGUUUUUCAACUUCAUAACUGAUACUUUACUAUUAUUUUCAACUAUAAUAUAAUUCUGGUUUCUCUCUAAACAUUUUUAACCAAGUGAACUUUGAAUGUAGACAAAUGAUGUAGAAUGUUUGAAGGAUCAUAAUACGAAAGAAAUGUUUUUGCAGUAGCGUUACGAGCACGCUUUUCUA